UUAAAAGGCAUUAAUUCUGUCUCACGUCUCAGGUCGUGUACUAGUCACUGUACAGUACACGGACUGAGAAGGAGCAACGCUAUAGUGACCAGUGUGCGAUGAGUGCGAACAGUUUAUCAGAUUAUUUUUUUUUCGCGGCCCCGGGAUCAUGAUGAUCGGUUUUGUUAUAUCAUAUUAUUAUUAUGAUUAUUAUUGUAGUGAUCGCGAACCCUAUGCUCAAGAGUCCGGUAGAAUAUUAUCGAGAGCGUUAAGAUGGAGUAGAUGACUCAGUAAUAGCGACAGAAAUGGCCGGCCCGUGAACAAACUGUUUUGAAUAAGGCCGAACUCCUUGAGGCUGCAAGUGACAUAUUAGCCGAACAAUCGAGAUCACCUAAAUCCGCCGUCGACGAGACUUCGUCGCUUUUAAUGGUUGAGAGCGGUAACAUGGCCAAAGAAAAAUGGAAGUCAGAUUGUGUAAAUAUUCGGUCAAAUGGCAGAACCGAACAGAUAAAAAGAGAAAAUGCCGAGCACAGACUUAGCAUAUUGUCCAUUGUCUAUAAUCCAACUGCUCAUCCUACUUCUUAUUUAGAUACACUGGUAAACAUGUUGAAAGGAAAUGUUGGAUGUGGAAUUUUAGCUAUGGGAGACGCAUUUAAAAACGGAGGAUUAUUUUUAUCACCAGUUUUGACGUUUAUCAUUGGAAUCAUUUGUGUUUACAAUCAACACGUAUUAGUGCAGUGUUCAAAAAGCGUUAAACAAAAACUUAAAUUACAACAUAAUCCACAAUUUGCCGAGACAGUAGAAUUAUCUUUUGAAACUGGACCACAGCGAUUUCAAAGUUACUCAGUUUUUUUUCGGAAUAGUGUGAAUAGUUUUAUAGUCAUAACUCAGUUGGGAUUUUGUUGUGUUUAUAUUCUAUUUGUAUCAAAAUCUAUUCAGCAGAUGUUGAGCUGGUAUAACAUACAAUUAGACGUACACGUCAGUAUAUUAAUAUCGAUGGUGCCUAUAAUGAUUUCAUCGCUCAUCAGAAGUUUAAAAUUCAUUGCCCGGUUGUCUGCAAUAGCAAAUGUGUGUAUGCUUGUGGGCCUGGUUGUAAUUUUGUACUAUUGUACCGUUGAUUUACCGCCAUUGUCUUCAAGAUCUGCCAUUGCUCAUUGGACGACAAUACCUCUAUAUUUCGGCACCAGUAUCUUUUCAUUCGAAGGAAUUAGUUUGGUCUUACCAUUAGAGCAGGAAAUGAAAAAGCCAAAACAGUUCUCUACUGCGUUCGGAGUGCUAAACGUAGGCAUGGUUAUCGUUACGAGUCUCAUAGUUCUUACCGGUUUUAUGGGGUAUUGGAGAUUCGGAGACGCAGUGCGAGGCAGCCUCACUUUAAACUUGCCAGAAGAAUUUUUGUUGUCUAAAGUUGUCAUUUCGAGUAUGAUGUUCGGUAUCAUAUGCACAUAUACAUUGCAGUUCUACGUACCAGUGGAAAUCUUAUGGCCGAAAGUCGAGCAAAGAUUCGGACCUUUCAGAUCACCUUUACUGUGGGAUACGGGUUUACGUGUAGUACUGGUGCUCAUUACAUUCAUCGCAGCUGACGUGAUACCACACCUGAGCUUGUUCAUAUCGAUGAUGGGUGCCGUGGCCAGCACGUUUUUGGCGCUAAUAUUCCCGCCACUGUGCCACAUGGCCGUUACCAGUGCCGACGACGGCGGCAACGGCUACGGCUUGUUCAACUGGCGAUUGGCGAUGAACUGCGUCACGCUGGUAUUGGGCGCGCUCGGAUUCGUUACCGGUACGUACGCGAGUGUCUACGAGAUAUUUGGCGCGUUCCAGAAGGUGGCGAUCACCGCCGCCGUCACCAACACCACCGGCAACAACUACACCGCACCGGGAGUGCACUGACCGUCCACCCACGCAUCAUCAUCGGCGGCGUCGUGCGACACGUCAUCGUCGUUAUCGCGCAGACUGCGUUGCCACUUGCCGCCGAUAUUAUCGCGCUCGCCCACUCGCGUAUAUAACCCACCCACUCGUCCAUACGAACGCUAUACCUCGUGCGGAAGCUCAAAUAUUAUAAUAUAAUAUGUUUAAGCUUCGUAUUAAACCGCACGCGGGUAUAAUAAUAAUAUCAUACAAGUUAGUGUAUUAUAGUUAUGAUUGUACGAGACGUGGAUAUUUUAAUAAUAUAUUUUAUUAUAUUAUUACAACUUAUAAUUUUAUAAUUAUUUAUAUCUUACACUGUACCAAAUAUUGAAAUCCAUAGUUGGCUUUUCUAAACGAAAUCCUAUUGGACAUGUUUCGUAAAAAACAAUUUAUCAAACGAACGUUUUAAUACAAGAUCAAGACAUAGAAAAAACAUUGUUUAUAGGGUAAUUAAAAUACUAUGUAUAAUAAAAAAAUAUACAUUAUGUGUAUCAAUAUUUCAUUAUAUAAAGCCAUAAUAUAGGAGCCAAUUCAUGGAUAUCACUAACCGAAUUUGUAAGAGGACUUUUACAAUAUUAUUUACAAUUUACAAACACAGUUUACAAAUUUACACAGUCACACUAUGUAAUUAUAUAGAAUAUACGGGUAACAGUUGUAUACGAAGUAUUAUAUAUAGCUCUACGUGUUGUUCACUUUAAUAAUAUUGUUAAACUUGAUUUUUUUCUCUUUUUUUACGCUGUUUUCUACAAAUUGUUUUUAAGUUAACACUAUAUUUUGUAAUUAUAUACUCACGAUUUGAUAUAGCAACACAAACUAUUUUAAGUAAAUAACUGUAAUGCAUAUUACUAUUAGGUAUAUAAUAUUAUUAUACCCACUCGAAUCCAAUGUUUACUUUAUAUCUAAAAAACAAUUAGUCAUUGCUCAUAUUAUAAUAUAUAUAUAUAUAUAUAUAUAUAUAUACUUAUAAAUAUUUUUAUUUUUAUUUUAAACUGUAUUACAUAUUUUAUUUUAUUGAAUAGGUUUAACACUAAGAACAUUAAUUAGCUUUAACAUUAUAAUUUAGAAAUGACUUUGCAGUUUGCAUGACGUGUUAUAACACUUACCUAUAUUUUAGACUAAGUUGAUUUAUAUUACUCUUUUAUAUUAUUUAGAAUUUAUAUUAUCAUGUUAUUAUUUAUGAUUUACUGAAAAAAAAAAUUAAAUGAAUCUGUAUUUUCCUUAUAA